UGGGAGCCGGUACCGGGCUACGAACCCAGUAUCUACCAGCCUUAUGUUCGAUACCGAGAAGUCCCGACUUUGUUUCUAAUGUGUGAUGACGUCUUCAGAAUGGUGACGUAAAAUCAUUGUACUGUUACAUCACCAGGGUAACAUAUUGCAAUUGUUGAACAUGACCGCAGCCAUGUACAGCGUUUUACUGUUAGUUACAGUGUUAGUUCUACAACCUAUAGCCGGGCUUAGUGAAGAAAAGCCCGUGGAUUCCGUGAUGGAGCCCCAAGAACUCCCGGAGCAGUGGCGAGAGUUUGAUAACGAGCACGCAGAUCUCGACUAUGGUUCCACAGAUAUGAAGCCUGAUUCCAAGAAGAAAAAGUAUCCCGUAAAACCACCCGCUAUGUCUCAAGAAGUCAACAAAGAUGGUAUGUGUAAUUUCCAUUUGCGCCAAUGUUUGUCUAUGGUUGUCAAUAACAAUGAUAUUUCCAGGCCGGAAUUUAGGAUUAAUUAA